CAGCUCUUAAAGGAAAACUGCACCUGUUUUGCCCUCUGAGGCAGAUUUUGCUCUAAUUUACGUGGAUGCGUUUCCUAUUAGAGUUCGCUAAAUGCUGGGAUCUCAUGAGGAAAUGAAAGCCCUUAAAUGCGAGCAGGCAGAGUGCAGUACCCAGCUUUCAGACCCACAGAACUAUAGUAAACACUGAUGAAGAAGAUGAACUGUCUUUUUCAUGAGCACUUUUAUAUUCUCAUCUCCCACAGCUCCUAGAAACCAGCUGCUAUGUGAACUGUUAACAUCCCAGCUCAAAGAGACUGCAGACCAAACAGAAAGUCUUGUUCUGGGGAAAUUCCUGAGCCCAGGUGAUUGUAGGAUUACUUUGGGAAAGGGGCGCGAUGCUCGCCCCCAGCUCCGCUCCGACGCCAGAGCAGGGCUGGCAAACCGCAGGAGCGACGGGAAACCUCCAGAACCUGAGGAAAUUUAACAGCCAGGACUUCAAAGACCUGCGAGCCUCAUGCCUGAGCCGAGGGCUGCUCUUUGAGGAUGUCACCUUCCCCGCUCACAUCAGCUCCAUCGGUCCCACCCUGCUCCCGGAGGAGAAGCUCCGGCAAAUACAAUGGAAGAGGCCAACGGAACUUCAGAGAAAUCCUUAUUUGGUCAUGGAUGGCGUUAGCAGAUUUGAUAUCAUGCAAGGAGAAAUAGGUGACUGCUGGAUGCUGGCUGCCCUGGGCUCCCUGACACUGAGAAAACAAUUUUUGGAAAAUGUUUUACCAAAGGACCAAGGAUUCCAGGACGAUUAUGCUGGGAUUUUUCAUUUUCGGUUCUGGCAAUAUGGAGAAUGGGUGGAUGUAGUGAUAGAUGACCGGCUGCCGUUCCUAAAUGGAAGAUACCUGUCUGUACACCCUCGAACUUCAAACGAAUUCUGGCCAUCCUUGCUGGAAAAAGCAUAUGCCAAGCUGCGGGGCUCCUACCAGAACUUGAAUGGAGGCUACCUUUCAGAUGCUUUAGUAGACUUCACAGGUGGAGUCCAGGUGCAGUUUCCAUUGAAGGACCCACCUCCUGAUCUGGAGGAGAUCCUGAAAGCAGCUGACAAAUCUCGGUGCCUUAUGGGGUGCAGCACCUCAGUCCAGUCAAGGAGAAACAUAGAGCUGAGGAAUGGGAUUGUACAGGGUCAUGCCUACACCAUCACAGGAGCUGUGAAGAUCCCCUACAAGAAUGGCUGGAAACAUAUCAUCAGGAUCUGGAAUCCAUGGGGCCAUGGGGAGUGGAAGGGGCCCUGGAGUGAUGACUCUCCUCAAUGGAUCUAUGUUGAUCCUGAAUACAGAGAAGCCCUCCUCAGAAAUAAGGAUGAUGGAGAAUUCUGGAUGUCUUGUAAGAACUUCCAGGAGCAGUUUUCAUGGCUGUACAUAUGUAACAACACCCCAACAUUUCUGGAGUUUGGGGAUGAGCACUGCACAGCGUGGUCUCUGAACAGCUACACCAGCUUGUGGAGCCCGGGCCGUCCCACAAGGAGGAGUCGCUAUUCCCCGGCAGGUGCAGCUUCAACAAACCCUCAGUAUUUUUUCAAAGUGCUAGAUCACGACCCAAAAACCUAUAAUGUAGCAAUUUCACUCAUGCAGAAGCACACUGAACAUGUGCAGGAUGAAAAAAACCUGAAGAUUGGCUUUUUCAUCACCGCGGAGAACUCCAGAGUUUUGAAGGAAAUCUUUCUCCGGACUCGAGAUGUGACCAGCUACUUUAUCUUGAGCCCAGGAACCUACUCCAUUGUUCCUGCUGCAACAGAGGACCAAGCAUUUGAAUUUCUCUUACGAAUUUUCAUAAAGAAUCAAGACUACAAUGAGAGCUCAAACUCCCUGAUCAGCCCAGGGCUGCCAAUGGAUGUACCAAGACAGAACCAGGACAGCUCCUAUAAGGCUCUUUUCCUAAGAUAUGCUAAGCAGGGUUCAACUAUCGAUGCCUUGCAGCUGCAACAACUCCUUAAUGAAGUGAUCUUGCAAGAUGAAAUGACCAGCCUGGGAGGGAGAUUCAGCUUUGAUUCAUGCAGAGGCAUUUUAGCUUUGAUGGAUCUCAACUCGAACGGAAGACUCACCCUGCAGGAGUUCGGGAGCCUCUGGCGAAGUCUCACUAAGUACAUGGAUAUCUUCACCAGGGAAGACAGAAACCGUUCCGGAUUUCUUGAUGUUGCUGAACUGAAGAAUGCGAUACAGGCAGCAGGUCUGGCCGCCAGCGCGCAGCUGCUGCGCCUGAUGACGCUGCGCUACGGCGAUGCCGUCGGCAGGGUUGGCUUCUCCGACUUCGUGUGCUGCAUGCUGCGCCUCGACACCAUGACCCAUGCAUUCCAAAACUUAGCAGAGGGUGGAUCACAAAUUUUGAUGACAGCAAUGGAGUGGCUGACUCUUGUCAUGUACACCUAGAGACACGCCAGAGGUCAUGGUGACUUUUCCUCCUCCUCAGUAGAACGGUGCCCAAGGCUGUCUCAUACAAAAGCCAUCCAUAGAGUUCUUGAAAACCUGCUGCGAAGGAGUGAAGCCAGGGGCCCUUAUGCUUGGUGGUACUCAGAUGUUGGGAAGAAAAGUCCUUUCCAGGCAAACUGGAGGUGCCUUGGAGAGAGAAGAUUUGCUAAUGAAAGCACUUUGUGGGCAAGCUGGUAGUACUUAUAUGGUCUCGGCAAGCUGGAAGUGUUGAUUGUAAUCUCCUCUCAUCUUCCUGUAAAUAGUACAGAAGUGAGGAACAGCUCCAUUAACUCCACUGCAAAAAAAAAAUAACAGGCUUAUGCAUUUCGUGAAAUAAGACAUAGGUUACAAAAAAAACUAAGA